CUUGCAACGCCCAAAGAAGUCAACCCGAGGCUCCAAACGCGAUCGCUCCAUGGUCAGCAUCCUCAGCCGCUGUCCCUUGCAGCAGACACAAGCGUUGCGGCUCCUUCACUUUGGCCGCCACACUACCACUACCAGAUCUAGGUUGCCCUAUUCGGCAAGUUGGCACGCGAUAAUGGCCAGCAACGGCAGCCGGUACAAGCUCGUCUUCUUCACACCGCCCGUCGACUUACCCAAGGUAAAGGCCGCCAUCUUCGAAACGGGCGCGGGCACAAUUGGCGAAUACACUCACUGCUGCUUUACCACGUCGGGAAUGGGCCAGUUCAAGCCUGGCGCGGCUACCAACCCGCACAUCGGGCAGACGCGCGGAGGCUUGGAGGAGGUUGCUAAGGAGAAGUGCGAGAUUCUGUACAAUGGCCGAGAGCAGACACGUUCGGCGGUUGAGGCGAUGAAAAGGGCCCAUCCAUACGGGGAGCCCGCGUACGAAGUGUACAAGCUGGAGGACUUUUAGCAAAACCAAGCCGACUGCGCCGCCUGUUGGCCGCCCUCGCGCCGUGUCCGGGUCGCUGCUCGACAUGUCGCACUAUUCCGGGACUGGGAAUACCGAAUGUAAAUCGUCGCCGUUAUAACAACAUGUUUCUCGUUCGCCCUGACUGCUUUUGGGCUAAACCAACCACCAACAACCACUACCUUUGCCCACGCCGCAAAGGUUUGUUCCUGGCCCUUGCCGGUGACUUUCCUCUCUGUUGUGCUUGUAUUUACUAGUCUCAGGACCACGCCCUCUCCGAGGUUUCCAAAGUAUCGGCUACUGGGGUUGCCCGCUAACUGCAAGGCCUCAAAUAUCUCUGAAAAGUUUCACGUCUAUAAACAGCUCUCGAAAACCCACAUGGAGCCCUUCUCUCCACAUCCCAAGCCGCUCUUUGGCGCGCGAUCCGAGGCUUGCGCUGACUUUGAAGGCUUCACUGCAUCCGGCUUCCGCAACGGGCCCUGCUCCAAUGCAACGAGCUCGAUCUCCCUCGCUCAAGCCCAAGACAAAGAUCAGCAGAGACUCCUCUCGACGCCCCUCCCCUCCAAUUCAACAUGCGUUUCAUCAUCAUCACGGCCCUCGUCGCCUCGCGGCCGGCCCUGCCUUGGCCCUGACGGUCGACUCGCAGGCCAUCCAGGAGUGCGGCGCCCUGGGCGCCAUGGAGAUACCCGAGGGCGAGGCGCACACCCGGAGAGCUACCGCAAGUGCAAGGAGCACCCGCUCUUGCUGCUGGCGGGCGGCAUGCCCACGACGCCGAGCGAGGACGGCGACGUGAUGGAGGCCGAGGCGGUUGCGCUAGAGGUGCGCGCCGCCGACGCCGCCGACGCUGGCCGCCGCGUCUUCGCGCGCGCGUGCGCGUGCCUCAAGAGCGGCUCCAACAUCGGCUGCGAGAAGGACUACUGCUGGAAGGAGUGCGGCCGGAACCGCGAGUGGUGCUGGCUGGCCGACAACGGGGGCACGGGCGCGUGGACGACGUGCAGAAGCGCCUUCCACUGCGCCGGCAAGGCCAUCGGCAGCGACAAGCGCGCCGACUGCAGCCGUGGCAACUGCGGUGCCCGCGGGUGCAGCUGCUAG